AUGAAUCCAUUGCUACAUGUGCUUAAGAAGGUCAAGCUUCUUAAACAACCAAUGCUUGAAGGAAUGGUGCCGCUAAGUGCAUUGAAAGAAAUGUCUAGAGAUUCCAGCCUUUUGAGAGCAUUCAGUACUCUGGGAAUGUUGCCUGUGAGGAAAUUGUUGGACAAUGAAAUUCUAGUGAGCUUCUUUAGAUUGGCAAUGGAAUCUGGGAUAGGUCCUCAAAAGUGGUUUUUGUUUAGAUUGAUCAUGGUGAGCUCUGUUAGGUUCCCUAUUGAUGGUGUGAUAAACCCAUCAUAG